UGUCAUUUCUAUGUCAACCAGAAGAAUUUGCAUCUGGGACAAGUUAAAGUCCGCAUGGCAGUUACAAUCUGGUUCACAAUUACUAUCGCGGUCCCUUGUGUCGUUCCGUGUACUGUGCUUUUAGUUAGAGGGAUUUGCCGGGUUUGUGUUUUAUGAUUGUUACUUUUAUAAUGGCGAUUUCUGUCUUUUGUGGUAUUCUUUUGCACGUGUAAUCAUUUAUAAUUUUCCAUUUGCAUCAGAUCAAAAAGGACAAGAAAGUAGUCCAUAGUGUGAGCUUUUUACUUUUCCUGUGUUUUCUUGCGUGCCAUUAGUGUUUUUGGACAUAAAAGUGACAUGAUUCUAAUCGUUAUCUUUAGGGAGGCGCCAGCUUAAUUCGUAUUCCGUUCGUAAGGUAAAUAUGGCUUGAUGAAGUGCUAUAGCUAAGAACUGCAAUAUUCAUUAAGUAAACACUACUUGUUAUCGUUAAUGCUCUAUUUUAUAUCUUGAAGUACAUUUUAUCGAUUUAUGUUUUGUAGGAAGCUAUCGCCGCCAUUUUGUAAUCAUUACAACAAACAGAGGAGUAGGUAUUUCUUUACAAAAAUUUAGCAUUGUUCUAAAAUGUUCAAUUUUGAAAUGAUUUACACAUAGACUCUCAUUCAAAAAGUAGCAAUUUUUAUGUUUUCAGAUUCAGCUUCUACAAUGGAGCACCUGAAUUCCCAGUUACUGGAGAAGACUCUGAAUUUUCAUGGCCAGCAGUUGCAGAAGCUUUGGGAAGGAGAAUUCGGCGAGAAUGAUUUAGCUCGUAGAAAUAUCAAAGACUUAAGCUUUAACAUCUAUGGACAAAGACAAAAGCAUCUGCCCUUCCAGGACCGAGGAAAGCGCCUCAAGUUGCAACAGUUUAUCAUCAAGAAGGCAAAUACACUGUUCAAUUUAGAACCAUCCAAGCUAAAGCAAACAAAUGAACUUGUUUCUGAAGAUCUGUAUGCCAUAAUGCCUCCAUUUGAGACAUACAGUAAUGUUGAUAAGCAGAAACGUUUACAAUUUUUCAUGACUAGUUUGAAAAUAGGCUACCUUAUCCUGGGUACUAUUGUGAGCAAGCAGCAGUCUGGGAUGAUGUUGAAGGUCUUGUAUGCUGUAGGGCCUGAUGGAAGUAUGCUGUAUGCUGCUGACAUCAAUGUUAAGGCUUUCUGUCCAGUAGCGAACAUAAUACCAGCUGUUGACAAAAAAGGCGUGACUCGUAGCUACAUGAUGAACGAUUAUGUGUGCUGUGAAGUGCUCGAAAUCAUUGCCGAUACUGACAAAGUCGUUUGCGGCAUGAAAGGAGUCACAAGACAGCCCUCUGAUGUGGAUACCCUGCAUCGAUUCGGCCUAGUCAGUACCGACGAUUUCCCCAUAGUUUACAAGUAAGUGUAACUUAGUCAAACCCUCCACCAUAUAUGAUAAACAUUUUCUACUUUGAGGUGUUUCAUUUUCAGUUUCCAUCACAAUGCAUAUGUUUUUGUGUGGUAGUAGUCCCAACACUUUGCAACUGCACCUGCAAAUAUUGCAAAAGCUCAACAGGCAUAUGAAAUAUGUUCAAUGACUUAUUAUUGGGAGAGUAGUUGUAAUUCUUUUUAGAAAAAAAGUGUUUUAUACAGAAUUUGCGUAUGUAAUUGAACACAAUUUGAUGAUCCUUGUCCUUGGAAUUUGAUGGUUGAAUCUUUCAAAUGACACUCAUGGUCAUGGACAAGUGCAUUUGAAGGUCAUCAUCUGUGGCUUUUAUGUGGGUAUUUUAAAAUCAUGUCUUCAUCUGCUUAUGUUAAAUGUUAAAGGGAUUCAGCUUGAGAUUCUGUUGUUAAGAUAUUAGCUAACAUUGUCACUACCAUGUUUAUGUUAACCAUCUUUUAGCAAGGAGUCAUUGUUUUUAUGUAACCACAUGAUUGUGGAUCUUUGCGCCCCGACGUUUUGAUGUAUGCUGACUGUACUGUAAAGCUUGGCAUGAAUCUUAUCGAACUCAUUAUACUGUAAGGAUAAAAAUUGUAGUUUGCCUGUUUAUUAACAACUGUGUAAGAAAAAAGAAGAGGAUAACUAAAAUUAAUUUAUGCCACCACGGGAUUGAUGACUGGAGUUUUUGAAGAUCACAGUGAAGUAUUUCUGAUUUGCCGAUUUUUUCCUAAAUAUAUGGAAAUCAGUGCUAUGGGUAUAAUCAGUAGCCUAUUCUCUAUAAAUGGAAUUUUACUUUAAGUGUAUUCAUCAGAUUUAAUAAUGCAUUUUUGACUCAGUUCUUUAAUGAAACAAAAACAUACAAACUUUGUUAAACACAUAUGGGUAGCUUAAAUAUCUUGAAAAACAUCACAAUUGGUACAUUAUUAAAAUUGAUAUAAAAUAACAGUUCAAGUAAAUGCUAUUCUAAAAGAAUUUUGGAAUGAGCUCCACAAAUGCAUUUAUGAACAUUGAAGGCUUUUUAGAUCCAAGAGAAUGUACAAUCAAAAACACCUUGAAACCAAGAAAAUAUAAGAAAUGUGUAUUUGGAAAUAUGUGUCUGUAUGACCUCAGAAAAUGACGUGCCCAUAUGGAAAACAGAUGACAGAAUACUGCUAGGAGUUCUAUGUUUAUAAUUUGGAACCACGGAGAAAAUACUACAGAUGAAUUUUGAUUUCUGGUCUACUAAGCCGUAAAUGAGCCAGUGUAUUUGUGGUGUUUACUUGUACCAAAUAUAUCAUAUUGGCUUGCUAUGCCAUAGAGAAAAUGUUUUACUUCCAGUUUUGACGCGAUCAGAAAGGAAUUGAAUUUAUGAAUAUGAUAGGGCACUUAUUGAGCUAGUGUAUCUAAACUGUUUUCUUUUCUUUUUAGAAAAUCAGUCUUGAAAUACAAAAAUAUCAAUUUUCCCAAAAACACAGCAAAGAAAAAUAUCAGUGACCGAUUUUGGCAGCAGGUGGCACUUGUGUGCUAUCUACUUCUAAAGAAAAAUAUAUCACAUAUCAAUAAAUAUCGCAAAGAAACGUGCUUGUACACGCACAAUUGUGUUCGUCCGAAACUCGCACUAUCUAUGCUAAAAUAAAACGCUGAUUACUGUAUACAGUACGAUGCCCGAAUUAAAAGUAAGAUAUGAGGACAUUAAGAAAUGAUUUUAAGUUUUCUGUUAUAUACAAAAUGCCUAAAAAGGAGAUCCUCUCUAUGUGUAGACACAAAUUUUACCCUAAAAUGUUUAAAACAGCAGGAUCAACGCUGGCAUCGACGAUAACUUGAAUGAUUGUAUUGGCAAUUUGUUUACAUAAAAUACUAUUGGACAGGACGUAAACCCCCAUUUGCUAUAUGUUGGACCACUUUACACCAUCGCCAUUUUCUAGAAGAAGCACCAAUCAACAUCAGCUGGAAGUUGUGACUUCAUAUUGACGCGAGCUCAGAUUGCUGACUCAAUCCAGAAUUGUAAAUUUUCUCAAUGGCAAUGCUUCCGAAGGUAUUCAGGAGAAAUACGAUCCGCUGAAAUGAAUUUUUUCCAGGUAUUUCUGUAAUUCCAGGUAUAAUGUUCCUCAUUUAAGAAAAAUUGAUGCAAUAUUGUUCUCUAAGCAGUUCUAAUGGUAGCUGUAUUUUCCUGCUUACAGAAAAGCGUUGGAUUACAAGAAUGAAAGUUACGACAGUGUUUUAGAGAAGAGCAUUGGGUUCAAUAACCCAAAUAACAUUCAGUAUCUUUCUGAACAAAUGGACAUCAAUGACCAUAACAGCCUUAUGGAAGGUUUGAAGUCUCGUUUUCCGGAGAAUGAAUACGCCCACGAACUGCGUCAAGUCCAAGCCAGCAAAUGGGCGUAUCGCAACGUAGCCGACGGUAUAGACCAUUUCAAGGCCGGCAAGCAUGUCGAGGCGUUCCAGUGCUUAAACAAAGCUCUGAACAUCGAUCCCAAGAACGUGGAAGGCCUGGUUGCCAGAGGUGCUUUGUACGCUAACAGUGGGAAUUUCCAAAAGGCUAUCGAGGAUUUCGAGACGGCGCUUAAGCUAAACCCCAGUCAUGCGAAUGCUAGGAAGUAUAUGGGAGAGACACUUGUAGCAUUAGGUAGGAGUUAUGAAGAGGAAAAUAAAAUCGAAGAGGCCAGGAAGGCUUAUCAAAGCUGCUUGACCAUCAUUCCCUAUCAUGAAGAGGCGCAAAACUCUCUGGAAUUUCUCAAAAAUAAAUCCCAAACUAAAAAUCUGAUCGAACCAAAUGAACUGCUUCUCCCAAAUCUUGGAACAAACAAACCAACAGACGUUAAUGACGCCCUGAAGCAAUUGUUGAAAAAUGAAGAUGAAGAGAAGAAAGACAAAAAGAAAAAGAAGAAAAACAAGAAACGCAAAAACAGAAAAAGAUCAAGUUCCAGUUCAAGUUCUAGCUCAUCUGGUAGUAACGACUCUUCCAGCAGUUCAUCAUCUAGUAGCAGUGAUUCCAGUUCUUCUUCUGGCGAUUCUGACUUCAAGAAGAAAAAGAAACAUCGUUCUAGAUCACAGAGACGCGACAAGAGGGAGAACUCUCUGAGCCCUCUCAGCAAGCGUAUGGCUUUGAUGGAUCAGAGUCAAGACACUCCCUCAAACUUCAACUUCAGCAAACCUACGGCUGCACCAAGUUCUUUCGACUUCAGUUUUGAACAGCCUGAACAACCUCACAAACAACAGACAGAGAAUGAUUACGAGGCGAAAGUUAGAGCCUUUUUAGCUGAGACCAAAGGGGAUUCAGACUAUGAAGAGAAAGUGAGAAAGUUCUUGGAGGAGAGCAACAAGUGGAAAAAGAAGGGCGAGGAUAAAAAGAAGAAAAAGAAGAAAGAAAAGAAGAACAAGAAGGAAAGUAAGAAAAAGAAGAAGAAGGAAAAGUUGAAGCGUGUCAAGAACGUUUUUGAAUUGGGCGAUUUGGACGAUCAUAAGAAAUUGAGAGCUGCAAUCAAGAAAGAGUUGAGCAAAGAUAAGAAAUCUAAAAGGCAUAGUAUACCGUCUGAUGAGGAAGAAUACUUUUUGCAAAAAUCUGGAUAUAGCAAGAGGUAUAUUGAGAGUCUACCGGAUUUGGAAGAACUGGAGUCAAAGUUGAAUGCAUACUAUGCACUGGAGAAGGAUAAGAGGGCUGCGGGCGGUAGCGCUGGGAGCAGAUCACGCGCUGAUCAUUCCCUUCGGUUGUACCAAUCCAGGAGCGCAAGUCCCCCGAGCAGCCCCCGGCGUGGUGCGCUAGAGGACUCCCCGUCGCCCACCCGUGAGCAGAAGGCCAGACAAGCUGUGGCGGAGGCGGCAGCAAGCGCUAAGUGGAAGAUGCACAUUGGGGCGGCGCAGUCCAGUGCUUCGAGGUUCAAAAAGAAGAGCGCGUUGGGUGGGAGUGGUGGUCAGCCGCCCCCGCCUGGAACCAGUCCGCCUUCCAAUGCGGGGCAGUCGUCGACCGAUUGGCUAGAGGACAAACGCAAGAGCAGCAGUUACGAUAGCCCCCCACCAUCAAAAAAAGGCUCCCUACCGCCUCUACCACCAGAAAAGGCAGUCAGCGUGCGUAAAGCGAUGGCUAUGAAAGAACCACCACUGCCCCCAGCGCAGAAAAAGGGUGGCGCCUCCACCGAAUCGCCGCCCUUGCCGCCCCCUAAGAAGUCGAGCAAGCCGUCGCCGGCACCCGCCGCACCUCCCAAAAUACCCCAAGGACAGGUGGUACUGGAUAAGUUUGGCAACUUCCGGCUGAUGACUCCGCCCGAGUUGAAAAAACUUGGGUCGGCGGAUGCCCAGCCGUUGCCUCCGGGUCGUCGCCCGCCCGAGCCGCCCGGUCGUCCCAGGAGCGAAUCCCGAUCGCCGAAGCGACGCAGUCGUUCCAGAUCGAAGUACAGCAACCGCAGCUCAUCGUCAGGAUCCAGGUCGAGGUCGCGCAGUUACAGAUCGAGAUCAAGGUCCUACUACAGUCGCUCUAGGAGCAGGUCCGGUUCGUACUAUUCGAGGAGUAGGUCCAGGUCUAGGAGCUAUUCGGGAGAUAGAAGGAGAUAUAACAGGCGCGGAGGUUUCAGAGGCCGCUAUAACGACAGAGGCACGUAUUACAAACCAAGAUUCCAGAAUCCGAGACACAACGAUAGAGGAGGACGCGGCUACUACAGAGGCCGCGAUCGAUACGAUAGAGAUUACAGGGGCAGAGGCAGAGGCCAUGGACCGUUCAGGGGCCGCAGACCUAGAGGUCGUUUCUCCAGAGGCGGAUACAGGGAUUAUAGAGAUAGGAGGUACGAUAGAAGCCGCUCCAGGGAUAGAGAUCGCAGCCGUUCAUACAGUGGCAGCCGUGACAGAGACAGUGUGUCACCUAGAAGAUCGUCGGCCAGAAGGUCAUCAGAAAAGGAAAGGAUCAAUAAGUACAGCGGUGAUGGACAACCUGAAGCUGUCAGACAUGAGGGACCAUUGUCCGAAGGCGAGGAUAGGGAUGAUUAUAAUACUGGAAAUGACAGCAGUAAACUUAUUGACAGAGAUGCAUUUGCGGGAAAGUGGGCUGAUAAAGAGGAAGGUGGAGGGGCUACCGAAAAUGGAGGUGCAACAGAGAGCAAGGAGACUGAGAUCCCUCCUGAAACCAACUUGGAAGAAAUGGAUAAAUUUUUGAAUAAAACAAAGAAAGAUAAAAAGGAGGAAAUGCUGGAAAGGAAUAAGGAUAUUCUUAAGACUAAGGCAUAGUGUGUCAUACAUCUCUGUUGUACACACCCAAAAAGCUGAAUUCAAUUCAAACCUUGCUUCUUUUCUUUGUAUCCCUAGAAUUAUGGUUAUUGUGUAUUUGAUUGUUUCCAGUACACAGUGUUAGUGUAAUCCUGUACCAGUUUGUAUAAAAAUAUAAGUGUAUUCAGAUGUCACAAUAAAAAAUUGAUUCAAAUUGUA